GCGCUCCGUCAGUCUGCGAUCGGCAGUCGAGCCGAUGAUAUCGCGCGUGCUCGAUAGCCGAUAGAAUCGCGACUAAGUGCUCCAAAUCGAACCGAACGAGAAUCGCGCGACCAUUGGAUUUUAAACAUCUACGUGGCUCUUUACCCCGAUAAUUUCUGUUUAUCUUAUCGGCGGAGAGAAAGGGAAGAGAGGUGUACCCGAUUUUACGACGCUGGAGUGUUACGCAACGACGCAACAGCGACCAGCAGGGACAAUGAAGUCGAAGACGAGCGAGAGUUUUAUAGCGAGUGAAAGUAACGGGGUCAAGAGGGACCAGGAACUCAAGCAGAAAGUGCUGAAGAAGGGUAAAACGUUCUGCCAGUCUUGCAAGAAGAAGUGCAGCGGGGAGGUGCUACGAGUGCAGGACAAGUAUUUCCACAUAGGGUGUUUCAAGUGUGCUCAGUGCAACGCGAGCUUGGCGCAGGGCGGCUUUUUCGCACGCGAGGGCUCUUACUACUGCACCAAGGACUACAGGGAACGCUGGGGCACCAAGUGCGCCGGCUGCGGCGAGUACGUGGAGGGCGACGUGGUCACCGCUGGCGAGAAACACGCCUUCCACCCGAACUGUUUCCACUGUCAGAGAUGCAGGCAGCCUCUGCUGGGUCAGGGCACCAAGGUGUCGCUCGUGCAAGGUCAAGCUCUAUGCCAUCGAUGCGUCGGUAUCCCGGUUCGAGAGGCCUCGACGCCGGUCGGCAAUAACGCGGCGACCAGAGGAGCCGGAGACGGGCCCUCCGACCCCGGUGCCUGCGCCGGUUGCGGAAACCAAUUACGGGAAGGUCAGGCUUUGGUAGCGCUCGAUCGACAGUGGCACGUCUGGUGCUUCAAGUGCCACAGCUGCGACACCGUGCUCCACGGCGAGUACAUGGGAAAGGACGGGGUGCCUUACUGCGAGAAGGACUACCAGAAGCAGUUCGGCGUGAAGUGCGCGUACUGCAACCGCUACAUCAGCGGCAAGGUGCUGCAGGCCGGCGACAAUCACCAUUUCCAUCCAACCUGCGCGCGCUGCACCAAAUGCGGGGAUCCUUUUGGUGACGGGGAGGAGAUGUACUUGCAGGGCGCGGCGAUAUGGCACCCGCGCUGCGGCCCCGGCCCCAGCGGGCCGAAUGGUAUCGUAAAUGGCCACGGCGAAGCGCACACUCCCCAGCAUCGGGAGUCGGAGCGAAUUUCCAGCAGCGCGUCAGAGAUGCAGUUUUCAUUGCGGUCACGCACGCCAAGCCUGAACGGAUCACUCUGCAGCCCUUACAGCAGCCUCAGUCGCAAGUAUUACCCCGCGCGAACCGGCAGUCCUGGACUGAUGUUGAGAGAGUACGGACGCGGUGCAUCCGAGGAUGUGUCUAGGAUUUACACGUACUCGUACUUGACCGAGACGCCCAGCCAGGGAUACUUGAGACGUCCGAUACAGCCGUACGACAAACCACCGACGAGCCCACACUUUCACAGACCAAGCUCGUCCCGUUCGAUAAGAAGCAGCGGCGGACGUAGCAGCCGAUCAGGAAUGCGAGCCCUGGUCGACGCUCUCAGCGAGCCGAGACCGAAGUCGCCGGCCAGUCAAGUAGAUAAUGACGAGCCAAUAGAGCUGGCGCAUUAUCCGGACGCCAUGAAGCCGCCUCCUGGAGCCAAGCCGCCGAUCGAGAGGGACGAUUUCCCCGCCCCUCCUUACCCUUACACGGAUCCAGAGAGACGCAGACGAUGGUCGGACACGUACAAGGGUGUGCCUAUAUCGGAUGACGAGGACGAGGUCGAUAACAAGACGCAUAUAAAGGAAGUGGAAGAGAAGUUGAAGAAGGAGCAGGACGAGCUGAGCAAGAUCGACACUGGCAUAGCGAAGGUGUUCCUGCAGGAUCGGGAGAAGGAUCGUGAGAACCUGAGACACAAAGCUGCCAACGUGGACCCGAGAAACGCGUCGAGAACACCGUCCGCUGCCAGAGAACCGACGCACAGACUUCGAUACGAGAGCCCUGUCGGCGCCUCUCCCUCGAGAAAUAUAGAUCACGCCAGACCUUGGGAGGACGACGACGGUCUGAGUUACAGGUCCAGCGGGCCGAGUUACAACGUUGGGAGGUCAUCGGCACGUUCCCCGGCUCCCAGAAACUAUCCACCCCUUGGUACUCAACGCGCCUUCACUCUUCCAAACGCCGCUAGGCACUAUCAUUCGGGUGAUUAUUCGUUCAGUGGGAUGGGAGACAAGACGCACAGCACUGAUUUCUCCUCUGGCAAGUCAGAUAUAUCGACAGGCAGCAUCACGGAUGUGGAUCGACGGGCACUGGUAUGUACCACAGCCCCAUACUACUCCCGGCGAAUUAGCAUGAAUGAUGGUGGAAUGCUACCAUCGUCCACCACGUAUACAGGUGGCCUAGGUUCGGUGGUCGGGAGUCAUGGGGGACAUCACGUGAGGAGAUCGUUGCCGGACAUGGGUACUGCGCCAUCCGAACCACCGAAACUCUAUCCAUAUCACUUACUUGUCAUCACUAACUAUAGGCUGCCCGCCGACGUGGAUCGCUGCAACCUUGAGCGACACCUUUCAGACGCGGAGUUCGAGGCAGUCCUGCAGUGCGGCCGCGCGGAGUUCUACAGACUGCCGCAGUGGCGCCGCAACGAGAUAAAAAGACGCGCCCGACUGUUUUAACCAGCCUUGCUCGCCGUAAGCGUUCGGCAUAUUAUCUCCGCCGUGUCACGACUGUGUCACCUUGGUAUCGAGUGUACAUUCCUUGGGCUCGCGGCGGCCGGAUCAGGACACCGCGGAUCGCCCCGGGACGAUCCAUCGAUCGCGGACCGCGCCGCGAACGCGGCCGGAACGGUCCUCGAGGAAUCGUGGGCUCGCGGUUGCCACGCGGCCACACGUCGGUACACGUGCACACACGCCCACGCGCAGACAGAAGAAGCACUGCCAUUUGUCGUCAAUUUCGUUCUCUCGGCAACGAGCCCGCAGGCAGCUCCGACCAAUAUGCGACGAGAUCAUUCGCCCUCGUCGCACCUGUGCGAUUUCGGUGCUUCUCCCGGGGGAAUCGUUGCUGUCGUUGUCUCCGUUUUUCUGUGAUUUAGCGGGCCAGCGCCGUUGAAAGUAGCCGAAAACGGGAGAGAAGUCCUUGAUUACCGAUCGCUGUCGACGCGGAGUGAGAGAGGGAGAGAAAGAGAGAGAGAGAGAGAGAGCCGAGGUUGAUAGAAUUUGAACGAGCGACAGUAAUAUGUUCACAGGUGUGUCGUCUAGGAGAAUAAGAGAGAGACGUAUCUUUCCUGCAUCUAGCUUGUAAUCCGACCUCCCGCGACCAUGAUUUUGUUGUCGCGCCGAGGAAACGGUAAAUGGGUAGAAUAUUUUCGGGGAGUUCGGUGAACGCGAGCGUGUUUCUUCUUCUUUCCGUUCCGAUGACUCCGGAUCAACGUCGAGGAUCGUCGUGCACGCGCGCGCGCGCGCGUACGAUCUUGUACGAACCCUGCCAAGCAAAAUAGGGAAUUAGGGAACGGGACGAUGCAAAUACUCGCGAUCCACCGCGUGCGUUCUUGUACAUAAAUCACCGCAUUGCGGAUAGAGGCGAGGGGAGGCAACGGUGUACACCGUUUUCGGAAUUCGCUUGAACCACAGACACACUUACUAUUUGCAAAAAAAAAGGUUAUUACACGAAAGCGCUAUUAUUAUAUGAACUGUCAUUAUUAUUAUUAUUAUUAAUUUUUAACUAUUAUUAUUAUUAUUAUUAUUAUUAUAUUUUACUAUAAGCAACAUGAGAACUUUAUCGUAUAAGUAGAUAGGAAGCCCAGCUUGCCGGGUGACGUGGAUCAUAUAUCGACGAUUUUGCAUGCUGAUUCUCUAUUUUAUCAAAUGUUAAUGGGUCGCGCGCUGCGUUUUCUAAUUCGUAGUAUAAGCUAGGAAGAAAUUUGGAGAGUUUCACCGGGAUGUCAACUUCGAAAAACGUUAAUCCCGUUCUUCAAAGUCGAUGUUCCCUUCAUCGAUCUCCGGCGCGGAAUUCGAUCUCCGUUUCUCGCGUUUAACUUAUUUUCUCUGUCUGCCAAACAACGUCUACGGAGUAGGAAACGCGUCGCAUAACGACGAUCCUCUUAUCUGUCUCUAUAUCUGCAUAUUGACUACACGGAAUCGCUCUGCAGUGCGGGCGAUGGUUGUUCAAGAGUAAUCCUAAAAGUAUAUCCACCCGUGGAUAGAUAGAAUCGAAGGGAAGCUAGGAUAUUUAAUGAAAAGACGUUGUAUACGUCAGGCGGCAAGCUGAGACAGCGAGAAAAGGCGUACGCUGAAGUAGACCGGGUUUUCGAGCGAUCUCGAGAAGUCGCGUUGGCUACGCGAGCGUAUCGACGCAAUCGUCUCGGGAAUCCUCGAUGAUAUAAGGGAGGGGGUGGGAAACGAACGUUCGCGAUUCGCUGUCAAGCGAACCGGCCCGAGAAUAAGCGUAUCACUGUACUACACUUCGCCUGUUACCCUAAGUCAUGUGCCUAUAUGUGAAUGUCGGCAGACAUUCGAAACGCGAGGAAAGUCGUCGGUCCCCCAAAAUGGCGUCCAUGGAGCUCUCGCGUUCCCGGUCGAUUCUUCUAAUCAAACAUAGAUAAAAAGAAAGCCGUUAAAGCACGUUCGAUUUAUUUUAUUUUAUUUUAUGAAGGCGCUGCCGAAGUUUUUUCUUGUGUCCUACGUAGUUUUGUGGGUGCUAAUUGCGUCAAGGAUUUUUUUAAAGGAAAAGACGUCCCUGAAAAGGAAUCUGGGCCCAGGUUCGAGGAUGAGAAAGCGUUUCAAUUUAAGUUAGAGAACACUGGGUUACGGAAAAUUAAAUGUUUCGAUCGGUUUCUUUGGUUUCGCGUGAUUUCGACCGAAUUGCGGGGGCGCGGGAGCUCCGACGUUGCGAGUUUGUGCAAUUCCCGGCAAGUAUAUCUCGUCGCUUGGUUUCAUAAGGAGAUUCACCGUGCUCCAUGAUCUUGCGUAUGCGACCCUCUGCGAGCAACAAAAAGAAAAACGAGGGAGAGCGAGAGAGAGAGAGAGUGGGCAAAAUACGCGCCGAGGAGAUUGGAUAGGGCUUUUUUUGUAUACACUCAUAGACACAAACGCACGUACACUAUCAGAAGUAAUAAACUGCAGUAUUUAUCUUUGAUUUGCAGUGAUUCUAUAAUGGCGAACUGCGCUUGCCGAGACUUUUCUCCGACAGUCCGUAUUCGAUUUUCUUCCUCGACGCGUUCUUUUCGUACUCUUUCCGUUCUCCCUCGCCGAGACACAUUUGUUCUCGCCUCUAUUCCUUCAAGUUUCGUUGCUUUCGGUACUCUUCUUUUUUUGUUUUUGUUUCUUUUUCUCCAUCCACUGUUUCUUUAUCGAAUGUAAGGCGUUUUAUUUACGACGACCGAUCGCGAGCAGAUUCCAACCGUGACACACUGUUAGAUCAUGGUGCACCGUUGCGUUCACACCGUGCAAUGCGAACCAAUGUAUGUUUCUGUUGUAUAGAGCACAUUGCUUCCGCUAGUCCCUGAAGUUCAAUAAACGCAAACCUACACGAAACCCAUGCGUUCACGCGUCCUUCACCGUUUCUUUCACUCUCCGGUCUCUCAUGCUCACACGUCGUUCACUCACAAGUUUUGUGCUACACUUGAGGCGGCGAGUUAAAUUGCACUUCGAGCGCGCAGGAUGGUCCUCCGAAAUCUUUCUAGCCGUAAGAUUCAUUCGAUUUUUAAUAUACAUUGCAAGCACAAACUAGUUCGACUCAUGAUCAAGGAAAUUCGAUGGGCGGACCACCCUGUGCUCGACGCUGUCUUCACUUUGUACACCUCGGAUCGGAGACCCGAUAUUGCCAUAAUCUAUAGAUUAUCCACAGUUUUGUUCCUAGGUUGCAUAAUACAGUUUUGUCAGACGUGUUUCUUACCAUAAUCGUGAAAUAAAAACUCUACCUGCCGAGCAUUACCUACAGAAA